GUUUGUCCCUCCGUUUAGUACAAAACAGUUACUGAGAAUAGAUAUCAUGUGUAAAGUUACGUUUGGAAUCAUCACGCUGCUAGGUAGUCUGAUCCUAUUUCAUACAAUUAGUAACAGUAAGGCUCAGACUUCCUCUGACGCGGAGGUGGGAGAUAAUGCUAGAAUUAUAUUUGGAGUUAACAAUCCUAUUCGCAGAUGGUAUUGCAGUACAUUUUGUAAUUAUCCCAGACUAUUUUUCGGCACGAAGUGCGCCAAGAAGUGUCCGCAAUUUCCGAUUAUUGUUAUACAACCUACCCUUAAUUAUAAGACGACUGCUAAAGAGGGCACUGUAACAAAAAAUGUCACGACUACUACUCCUGUUUCGAUCCUUGACAAGAAUUCUAUGGACGUAUCAGAGGGUUCAAUGGUGGGUUCAGUGAAGGAAGGAUCCGUUGACAAGUCCAAUGUCAUCAAACAAUAAUUUAAUGUCAGCCAAUUAAAGAUUAUAAUCGUGGAAAUUAUAUGAUAUUUUAUGCCAUGUUAUUUGUGUGAAAUGGAAGUUGAUGCCAAUAAGAUAUGAUAGGCGACUGUUGCGUUACCAGAAAUUGCUGAUAAUCGAAUCAGUUUCACUAAAAUAUCAUUUGGUGUCAUUACAAAUGUAACCUGUUGCAGCAUCAUUGCUGUAUAGUGAAGAUAUGUUUUUAAUUAUAAUCGUACCGUAUGAUAGGAUACUAAUAAGCCUGUCGAACCCAACGAUUAGUUUCACUUAUUAACCAUGUCAUUGUAUGAUUAAUUGAAUCUCUUGUCAUUAAAUACGUAU